AUGGAACCAAAUCCUGUUAUUAUUGCUGCUACAGCUAAACAGACGGCUUCACUUAUAUUCCUUCAUGGACUCGGCGACACUGGUCAUGGUUGGGCUAGCACUAUCGCAGCUAUCCGCGGGCCUCACGUCAAAGUAAUUUGCCCUACUGCAGCCACAAUCCCAGUUACACUCAACGCAGGAUUUCGUAUGCCGUCGUGGUUUGAUCUAAGAACCCUUGAUGCCACUGCUCCUGAAGAUGAAGAGGGCAUUAUGAGGGCUACUGAACUAAUUCAUGGGCUUAUCUCAGAUGAAAUUAAAGCAGGCAUUCCUUCAAACAACAUACUGUUGGGUGGAUUUUCUCAAGGAGGUGCUCUGGCAUUGCAUGCUAGUUUGACAUAUCCACAACGUCUUGCUGGCGUGAUGUCAUUGUCUUGUUGGUUACCAAGGCAUGCUCACUUCCCUGAAGCAGUGAAGGCGCCUUCAGAUUUAGCGAUAUUCCAAGCUCAUGGUGACUGUGAUCCAGUUGUUCCCUUUAAGUGGGGUCAAAUGACAGCCUCAUUUCUAAAAACCUUUAUGAAUAAUGUAGAGUUUACAACAUACCAAGGACUGACACAUAGUUCCUCCGAGGCAGAACUAAAAGACAUGCGAGCAUUCAUAGAAAAGACGUUGGGCGCUAAAAAGUAA